AUGUACUCCGAACCAUCAAUUUCUAUGCACAAUGGAUCAAUUCAGAUGCCACGUUCUCCCACUCAACCACUCAGAUCGGCUAGUGCAUUCUCCAAAGAAAUUCAAAGAUUGAAAAUGCAAACAGAAGAUAUCAACGAGGAAGCUGAGAGUUGUUCAUCCACGUCAUCAAAAAGUUCGGUAGCAGAAAACUGCGUUUCAUCUGAUGAAACCCCGGUUGGAUCUGAUCGAGAAAAAGAGAAUGUUCCUGAGAAUAUAGUGGUCACUAGACUUCAACGAAAAUCCGCAGAAGCAGAAGAUGCUGUGAGUGGGAAAAGUUCCCCGAAAUCACAGAAAAGUUGCCGUAUAAGAACUGGAAGUAUGUCAGAAGACUCGAAGAAACAGAUAAAAAGUAUCCUUCGACAAUCCCCAUUUAUCUCAAAAGAAGACGUUUCACAAUCAAAUGAAAGCACAAUUCACCGCCAAUUUCGAAAAAGUCGAGCGUCGUCUCUGACCAAAAGAGAUAGUAUUAAAAAUGACCGCACCGAACCAGGCAAUCACGAUGCAAUUGAUAACUACUAUGCGAAAAACUACUACACUGUAACAGGAAUCUACCAAAAGAACACAAACUUCCCCAGAUAUUAUGUGAAUGGAUACGCCGAAGGAGAUGACAAUGAAGAAGACGAUGAAGCAGUCAGGAGAAAUUAUGAAAAACAUCAGAAGAGGACGUUAUCGAUGGCUCAGAGUACUCGGAGUAUGCCAAUUGUCCCAGUGAACAAUAGAUUUCACAAAUCCUUCUACUGGUUUGCUCAUCAUCAUAAAAAGAUUGGUUUCCGUCACGUCUGUAUGCUUCUUCUCGUUCUUUCUUAUACUUUAUUGGGUGCUGCCCUCUUCUUUUCUAUUGAAUCACGCCAUGAACACGAGACGAUGCAACUUCACAAACGAAAACUGGAACGAGUAAUCUACGAGAUCGCCCAAACCCUUGAACUUGAAAUAUUGGAUCCAAUGAAACUAACGAAUAUCACUCAAAUGGAAUACUUUAUCACGCGCGCUUACGUCAAACUGCUGAAUGCAGAAGAUUUGUACUCUGGAAGUACUUUUUAUAAACAUGAAGAUCCGAAGAAUUUGAAAUGGACAUAUGGAUCUGCGUUCUUUUUCUCUAUGAAUGUGUACACUACUACUGGAUACGGGUCGAUUGCUCCAGCAUCAUCAUUGGGAAAAGCUCUUGUUAUCCUCUAUGGACUCAUUUUUGUUCCACUGACAGCAGUUGUAAUUCGAGAUCUCGGUCAAUGGGCACUUCUUUAUCUCACUAAAAUGUACACAAUUCUCAUUGAUAAUUUCCGUCGAGUACGCGGAUUCGUUGAUAAACUUGAUGAGGAUGAAAUCAUUUCUCUUCCAAUCAAAUUCAGUGUUUCUGUGAUGAUACUAUACCUUCUGUCUGCAACUAUGUUUAUUUACGAAUACGAUGAGUUAUCGGGACCGCCUGAUUCUGGAAUCUCAUUUUUCCACGCUUUCUACUUCUCAUUCAUCUCAAUGUCAACUAUUGGUUUAGGAGAUAUCAUGCCGAAUAAUGUGACAUUUUCUCCAUUAAUCACUAUUAUGUUUUUCUUCGGAAUGCCAAUUCUCAAAGUCGUCAAUAGAGUUACAUAUAUUUGUUUGGAGAAUGGAGUUUUCGGAACAAUGACAGUUCUUGAGAAUCGACUGGACACGAUUUGGAGUAGAGCUACAGUAAUACCAACUGGUCAACACACUCCAGAACAACAAUCACCACCGCAACCUGCAGAUGUUGUGAGUAGGAAAACGAGUAUGUUGAGUGAGGGAAUGAUUCCUGAUGAGAACGAUGGAUCGGUUCCAAACGAAUAUUUGAACAACUUCACAAUUCGAUCAAUCGCUACAUUUAUGAAAGCGAACGGAGAUGUUUACGGAGGAGCAUUCGGUCGAGUGAACAUUCGACGGGGCGAUCUUCGAAACGUUCCUGAUAAUCAGGCAACAGUGAGAUCAACACGAGAAAACAAUGUAUGA